CCUGGGCCGUGGCCACCUGCGGGACCUUGGCCUUGCGCGGUUACGCUUCCCCCUCUUCCGUCGAUCCGCUUGCCGGCUUGCCCCUUUGCCCCAAGUCCCCCGCAAUCCGGCGUCGCAGCGCAGGGUCCAAAAAUUCGGAAUCCCGGGGGAAGAUGGCUGCCUCUUGCUCCUUCCGCUCCGUCGUCCGGGCGCCUCCGCUCUCCCGGAGGCUCGCCAGGAGCGCCGUGCGCUGCCGCAGCGCCGCCCCGCCUGAUGCCGGUGGUACCGCCCCCACCUCCAAGCUUGUCGUGGAGGUGAAGGAACGGCUGGCGAGGGAGCACCCCGGCCUCCCCACGGGCAGGAACGGGAGGGACGAUGACGACAUGAUCCUCUGGUUCUUGAAGGACCGCAAGUUCUCCGUCGACGAAUCUGUCUCCAAGCUCACCAAGGCCAUUAAAUGGCGUCAAGAUUUUGGUGUAUCAGAAUUAUCAGAAGAAUCGGUGAAAGACCUGUAUCAAACUGGCAAGGCAUAUAUACAUGAUUCAUUGGACAUUUAUGGCAGACCUGUGCUAGUUGUAGUAGCAGCCAAACAUUUUCCUUCGACACAAGAUCCAGUUGAAAACGAGAAGCUAUGUGCCUAUUUGGUCGAGAAGGCAAUAAACAGACUUCCCUCGGGGGCAGAGAAUAUACUUGGAAUCUUUGAUCUGCGAGGCUUCCGUGUUGAAAAUGGUGACCUCCAGUUCUUAAAGUUUUUGAUUGACGUUUUCUACUAUUACUAUCCGAAGCGGCUUGGCCAAGUUCUUUUUGUCGAUGCUCCAUUUGUUUUCCAACCAAUGUGGCAGAUUGUUAAACCUCUGUUGAAAUCAUAUGCCUCCCUGGUGAGAUUUUGCGAUUCUGAGACUGUGAGAAAAGAAUACUUCACAGAAGAAACCGUACCUCAUGAUUUCCGCAGUUAGGUGCCUUGAUUAUUUCUUCAGUAAGACUGUUAUCCAGGAACGGCUCUGGCAGAUCUUAGUUGCAGAAAUAUGAUUGGUGGUUGCAGAAAUAUGGCCUUCUGUACUUGUUUGAGUGGCACAUGAAGCACCUCCAUUCCUCCACUCCAAUUAGGAAAUGUCAAGAGACUCCAUCAGAUUUUUGGCCUCGUCACUUUGUGCCCAGGAAAUAGAAGACGCAACUGAAUCUUUGUGAAGACAGAUUACAGGAACUGGUGAAAGAAUGUCUUGGAUGAAGCCAAUCCUCGGUUGGCAAAGAACAGAACGUUUUACCAGCAGUUCAAGUUCUAGAGACGAGGUCAUGUGCUGUACUGCUGUUUGCCUUGCUUGCAGUUGUCCUCCUAUGACAUGUUAUAUAAGUAUAUAAACACAUUUUCUUGGGCAUCUUUUUGGUGUCAAUAAAGCAUAAAGAUGAUUUUUCUCUGGUGAAAAAAGGAAAAUGAAGAUGGGAAAAUGAAGAUGGUUUCAGAGGUGCUCCAUUCUUUUUUUAUUUUUUUGAAAAGAUGAGGUGCUCCAUUCUGAACGAGCAGGUAAAAUGUUUCAUUUUCCGAUGCUGACCAAUUCUUCCUCCUUUUCUGUUAACGGAGCAACUUUAUCCUUUGAUAAUGAUGUACUUCGUAUCUUUUCCCCAAUGCACUUGUGUUGUUCUCGAGCA